GUAUCGUAGUCCCACUGAGCGUCACACAGCGCGACGCGUCAACGCGUCAGGAUAGAUAACCAAUCAGCGGGGUGUUUACGAUGGUUAUAUCGUGGUUAUGAAGAAGUUUAUACCAUGGGAAAUACCGCGUGCGGCACCCAAUGCAAUUGAACUCCGCUUAAACUCUGCAACAGAGAGACGAAAUUAUACUUCCAUUUUCCGUCCCUCAUUAUUUUUUCACAUUUUCACUCAGUGCUUUACGUAAUAGACGCCCUUUACGGAAUUUUGACAGCUACCGACGCGCCAUCUAUCGAAAUAAAAAAUGGCGUCCGCUUCGGUGCCGUUGCUGAUGGACGAUGACACGGUUGCAUUCGGCGAAGAGGAAGAUGAUACACGGGAGGGAAGUAAGCUCAAGCACCCGUUUGUCACGGCAUUCCACUUGCUGUUCAGAGUAGCGGCGAUAGUUACUUACAUGUUUUGCGGGUGGUUCGCCAAGAGCUUCAUCGCUAGCUUCGUAGCUGUCGUUCUCUUGCUAUCGAUGGACUUCUGGACAGUAAAGAAUAUUACCGGAAGACUGAUGGUUGGCCUCAGGUGGUGGAAUUACGUGGAUGACGAGGGAAAGAGCCAUUGGGUCUUUGAGUCAAAAAAGGGCAUUCAACAGAACAGGAUACACCCUUCGGAAGCUCGAAUAUUCUGGCUGGCCCUGAUACUUUGUCCUCUGCUUUGGUCGGUAUUCUUCUUCGUUGCACUCUUCGGACUGAAAUUCAAAUGGCUGCUCUUAGUUUGCAUCGCCAUCACUUUGAACGGAGCUAAUCUUUAUGGAUACGUCAAGUGUAAAAUGGGCAAUGACAAGAACAUUACGUCCGCUACUGGGGACUUUUUCAGAAGACAAGUUAUACAGAACGUCGCUUCCAUGAUGGCCCGUAGUCCACCCACCACCAAUCCAAACCAACCGACAAAUAUAAUUUAGUCCCAUGCAAUUGUGAUACUACGCAAGACACUUCGAUAACUUUAUUUAACGAUUAAAGACUUGUACAUAUAACAACGA